UACGACAUUGCUCCUUCAGAACAGAAUAUAAGACCAGGCCAUCCCUCACUAGGAAGUUACUCUGAGAUCUCUAAAGACUUCUCUAAACCCUGUAAAAAGGAAGUUUAGACUUGAAUUGAGUGACUUCUGUAACCAUGAAGUUGCUUCUGGCUGCAAUUGUUCUGAUUCUAAUCGUGGAAACCAAUGCCCAGUGGUAUAGUUUCCCUGUUGAAGCUGCUCAAGGAGCUCGUGAUAUGUGGCGAGCCUACAAUGACAUGAGGGAGGCCAACUGGAAAAACUCAGACAAAUACUUUCAUGCCAGAGGAAACUAUGAUGCUGCACAGAGAGGGGCAGGAGGCAAAUGGGCUGCUGAGGUUAUCAGUAAUGCCAGAGAGUGGGUGCAGGAAAAGCUGGGUCAUGGUGCUGAGGACUCUGAAGCUGAUCAGGUGGCAAACCGUUGGGGGCGAGAGGGAGGAGAUCCCAACCAUUUCAGGCCAGAUGGUCUCCCUGACAGAUACUGAGGACAAAGCCCACUGACUUAUAAUAAAACUACAUAAACAA